UUGUUAGUAUCUUCGUUUUCUUUGCAGCAGUUUCUCCAUUACCCCAAACCAAAACCUCACCACUCUCCGUUAGCAGUAGGGAGGCCUCUCAAUUUCAUCCAGUCGUCCAUGGAUAGCUCUGUUCUUCCUCUGAAGCGAUUCUCUUCUCACUGCUCUGUCUUGGUAUGGCGGUUUAGUCAUACUGUCGUUCGAUCGCUUCUCCGACUUCCCCACCGAAUCGCUUCCCACGGAUAUCUCGAGGUGGCGUUUUAAAUUGUAGGGAGUUCCGGUUUGUACCAAUCGAUUCUGCAUACCUGUUGUUCGACUACUUCUUCUUCGGAACUACAGUUCUUGCGAUUCGUUUCAUGGAUUGGCAACUUGGUCAAGGGGUGUGCUCCAAAUCGAUGGUUGUUGCAGUCGGCUUAUUUGAAUGACAGUUCUGCGUGUUAAAUUGUUAUGAUGCUGACGAGUUUUGGGCUGAACUGUCAGCAUCUUAUUUUUUCUGCGACAUAUAAAUUUGGUGAGAU